CUUAACCCCACACCACCAUUCUUCUUCUCUCUUCUUCUCUUCCAUCCCAUCUCCCAUGGGAGCCCAUCUCUGCAGCUUUAGGCGCUUCGGUGUCAGUAGACCGUUCACGCCAGCCUCCCCCGGUGAUGGGUAUGCAAUGUGCCGGAGGAGACGGCCGCAACGGCGGUGGAGAGAGGAAAGAGAAGGGCGGAGAGAGAUGGAGACAUCUAUUGAGAAGAAAGAAAUGAAGAAGGAGUACAUGUCUUUGGAGGAGUUGCUGUUGGCUUCUCCGGGAGCGCCGUCGGAGCGAGCUUUUGGAAACGGCGGACAUGGCGGAUUCAAGAGAAAAGUGCAUCCGACCAGGAUGUCGCAGUGUUCCUCGUUUUGUGAGAGAUCUGGUGUGGUCAGUGAAUCAGUUGCAGAGGAUCAUGAGAACAUUUGCAGACCCCAAACUGGGAAAUUGAGGAAGAAAGUAAGCUUUAGGCUGCCGGAGGUGUCCGACGUUAUUUUAAUUUACUCGCCGGAGGGUGAUGCGGCGGCCGACGGCGGGAUUGUUGCUUCCUAGUUUCUGUUUUCCUAUCGGAAAACUU